AUGGUUACUAUAUCUUCUGGCCUUUGCUUUCUUCCAAUCUUGUGGUCAUUUCUGUUGGUCGUCACUGUGAUAGUCUCUCGUUUAAUGGCCAAUAAUACAGAGUUUGAUGACUCUGUUCACUCGGCGAGCGCCUUUCAAUGGUCGCAUUCGAUUUUCAGUCAACUUCUAGAUUUGUUGGCCUUGGUAGGACUUCUUUCGAUCUUCAUUCGCUACUUACACUUGGAAGUGGUCACAAGAGGUCUUCCGCAAGAGACAAAUGCAAGCAUUGGACGUAUAAGACUGGCGUCACUGAUAUUUGGCAUGGGAACUAUGACUGGAAUAACGGUCAUUAGCAAUUUCCGUCAACCAGGGGAAAAAGUAAGAUCAAUUUCUGUUUCCAUAAUUUAGAAUGACUAAAAAAAUUUGAAGCCAUUGUCAGCAAUAGACUCUCCCACGUUUUUUUUUUUUUCAAGUUUUAAUGAGGAUCAAUCGGCAGAAAAUCCGUCGACACUUCUUAAAAGAGCGUCUUAACAUUAGUAUGGUGCCCCCACCAUACAAUAUUAAUAUACUAUAUUUUGAGAUACAGUGGAGAAAGGCUAUAUUUUGCAAUGACAAAGCACGUAUGACUUAUUUUAAAUUAAUGACGUAACUGCUUACUCCGUAUUAGCUUGGCGAACUGAAGUUGGAAUGAAUUUGUUGAAUGGCAAGCGUAAUGACUGUUGGAAUACUAUUUAACAUUAUGUGGAACGCAACAAAUGCAGAAUGAUUCAGGAAUGAAUUCGACCAGGAUGCACAUGCCUUAUUUUUAGAAACAUUGGGGGCGCUUCGCUAUUUAUUUCUUUGAUAUAUCAGUGCAUAGGCAUUCCACAUGAUUAUGCCAUUCCUCGAGCCAUCUGCAAACUCAUGAUCAGUUGGUCACCUACCGUGUCGCGGAUUUUAGCUUGGUGUUCUUUCAAAAUGCUGUGAUAUGUCUGGUGGUUUCCAUUUACACAUUCAAACUAUGCACGACUGACCUUAAGUGGUUGGCCAAACAGUUACAGUGUAGCCAAAUCAGAAGCUAAAGCUUAGACCAACCUGAAUACAGGAAAAAUUGCAUUGUCUCGUUCAACAUUCCUAUAAAGCUUCUGAAACAGAACGGAGAAUGAACCAAUUCAUUCUCCAGUCCCUGUUGAAUUUCUGCUUUCUCCCAUUUUAGUUUAUGUAAAUGUUAAGUACUCAUUGCACAGCAAAAUCGAGGUGUUAUGGUAACACCAAAAAAGUGUAAAUUUUUGCAGCUGUGUGAACACCAAAUAGGUGUUCAGUUAACACUACUGUCGUGUAUAUUUACACCAAAAUGGUGUAAAUAUGACCUACAUACGAUCUUGAAUGCGUUUAAAAACACCUUUGCAGUGUUACAGCAACACUGACCUGGUGUUUAUUUUCUCUAUAUUGGUGUUUAGUAACACCAAAAUUGGGUUAACGUAAACCAAUUUUGGUGUUAAAAUACACCAAAAAUAUGUCUCCUUUACACUGUUCUGGUGUUUUUGUUACACUAAAAAAGAGUAAUGAUGACACUGAAUAUGUGUAAAACCCAUUGCAGCUGUGUGCACACCAAAGUCAGGUAAAUUUACACUACUGGGAAUUUUACACUGUAUUAGUGUAGAUCAACACUUCCAAUUGUGUUAUAACACACCGUUUGAGUGCUGAACCAACACUAUUUGUAACUCAUGAAGAAGUCUUAAAAGUAGACAAAGUAACAGCUACGACAACAACCUGUAAAUUUGCUCCCAUUUAAUUGCUUUACCCUGAUAGUAAUAAAAACUUUGUUCUCUUCAGAAUUCAGUAAAACAGCACGAAUUAAAACAAGUGUUAAAAACUAAGAGGGCUGUACACCGUAGGUCUUUCUUUUCUAAGACUUUUUAGUUUUGCGGAGGAUGAGAGCACACUGCAUGAGAGAACGAUUUUCUCUUGUAACCUUUUUUUAAAAAUUCAAAUAUUAAUAUAGUCCUAUACAGAACUACAGAAGCCGGAGAGAUGAAAUUUGAAACAACGUGGAUCUUCUUUUUAAGAAACGUUUUUGCCACCGUCGUUGUCGUCGUUCGGCUUAUCUAUUGAUGUGAAAGGCAGAUUACACAACAAGUCGUGUAGAUUUAAUUUUAGUUUGCUUUAAUUACGAGCUUGGAACUGAUUCAGUUCAUUCAUGAGCUGUAAUACCUUAGUCGGUAUAUUAACAUUGUCCAUUCAAAACGUCUCUCUGGGACAAAUGAAUAUGAGUGUCUGCAUUCUUCCGGAUAUUCUAUAUUACACACAACAUAUAUUAGAGUGAGCAAGGCGCUGGUAUGUCCUCGAUUAACCUUUAGAGGGAGAUUCCUUUCCCCACUCAGGUAUAUAUCAUCUGGGGCUUGCAGUUGCCCCUCAAAGAUGAUGAAGUGCGUCAUUCCCUCCUUGCCGUUCUCGGCAACUUUAUUAGCAUCAACACCAUUCUAUAAAGAGGAAAAAAGAUGCAAAAGAACACUUUCAAUAAAUGUGUUUUCUCAAAUGCAGCAUAAUAAAAGUCAAUAAAUAUUGAAAUGGAAAGUUUUGUAUGUUCAUCCAAUUCUUCAGAUGGCCCGAACCUAUUUAUAUGCACGUUGGGUAUGUUUUUGAAUCGCGUUUUUCAUUUUUGGCAUCCUAAAUAAAGAAUAGUGCAAAUUUAAGAAAAUGUUGUCUAUUUUUGUGUAGGUUUAACACUGUUUGAGAUAUCAGCUUAUGUUUAAAACCGAAUUUUUACAAAAACUGUCAAAAACAUCAUAGAAAUCGGUUGAAUGGUUCCUGCCGAAAAACGAAUUAGGAUUGUAGUACAAGCAUGAAAGAUUUAGCCUGAUUAAAUGAGGACAUAAUGUUUGCCUUAUGCUCAACUUAAUUCUGUUUGUGAGACUCCUUCACUGAAUUGUUUCACUGCAAUAGGCAUUUCUCGAUAAAAGGCAAGUCCAGUGUAACUUUUCCAAACUUUCCUUCCCAAAGGGUUAUUAAAUUUUUGGAAUCACUGUCCAUAUUCACAUGUACUUUCUGUUCCCGUGGAAUCUCUAGGAAUGAGUUUGUUACUGCCACAGCACUAUCUGAAGAAUUGAUUGACUUUGUUUUAUAUUUCAUCUGCAAAUGAAGCAAUCUUUCUUUUUCACGUUCUGUUUGACGCCACAGUUGGUGAAACUUCUCUUGAUUUUUUUUUUUUUGACAGAAGACAGUUUUUCUUCGGUUGUCUGUCUUUUCUUUUUUUUCUAAAACUAGCUCUUCAUGAGCGUUUUUCUUUUUUUGUUUUAUUUCAAGCCUUCUUCGUUUAUUUCGAGCUCGUCUCUGACGCCUUUUUGCCUCAUCAGAUCUUUUCCAACUAAAAAAAAAAAAAAAUGCCGCGAAUAAUAAAAAUUUGUUCAAAGGGGCUGGAAGCAUUACUGUGAGUGUAUUUCCUUUUUCUUAGUCUUUCUUCCGUCCUUUCUUUCUUUUUUGUUUUUCUAUCCUUCUUAAGUUUUUCUGAUAAUUUUAGAUAACUAUAAUUAUUACCAGCUAUCAAUUCAUCAUGUUCCAAGUAAUGAGCGGGCUGGCCUCUCAACUUUGGAGCUAGUUAAAAGCGGAAAAUCCAACUUUACAUAGCUAUGGAAACCCACAACAUGAUGAAUUGAAAGAUAAAGGUAAGUUGUUUGGGAAUAUAUAUAAUUGAGAACCUUACAGACAUAUUUUAAUAAUACUUUUUGCAGCCUCGAUUAUUGUAUUACUGAACAGAACCUUACAGUUUUUGGUCUCAGGCACUUUUAUCGAAAAAGACAGUAUUGAAGUAUCAUGGGUAAAAUGAAUAGGAUGGCUGAAAAUAAUAUUUUUCAUUACACGUAUCUCCUGUGAAUGAUUGAAAACGUUUAUACGUUCUUUUACAUUGUAUAUGGACAGCACACAUUGGCAAAUUGUGUAGGUGUAACAUGAAAUAGGUAAUGAUGUGUUUAGAAUUUGCUUACUAAUCCAAAACCUCGUUCCCAGGAUUCUCUCCUAACCGCUCCGUAUAGGUUGACUAAUGCAUUGUAACUGAGUCUUCUUUCUUCCACUGAACCUAAUUUCCCACCCACCCUACCUAAGAAAUAUGUCAGUAUUAACUUGUCUAUGUUGCAAGCUUCCCAUUGCUAGUAAAUUCCCUAUAUAUAAUAUUGUCUCUUUUGUUAUAGUUUGGAUUUUCCAUAAUUGACCGGAUUGCAGGAAAAAAAGCUUACAAUAUAGGACCACAUGCACAAAAUUUGCAAAUCCCUCCCCUUCUACUCCCCUAGCCGUUUUCAUAUAAAAUGAAAUGAUGUUUGUGACAGUCACUGGCCCUUUGGAAGUGUAAAUAGGUUCUCACCUCUUUUUAUCAACUGUUGGGGUGCUAGAUGCCUCGCCAACUGUUUCAGCAUUAACGGCUUCUUGUACAGGUCGCGCUUCGGUAGACACUUCGUGAAUUAUCCGAACUUCAGUGCUUUUAUCAAGUCAAGUUUUCGUACCUUGUGAAGAAGAUUAGCGAGAACGCCAGCAGGGGGCACGAGGGUCUUCAGGGUCUCCUCAUUCAUGCACAACCGAACCUGUUCAGCUUUGGAAGUUAAAAAGUAAAGAGUUAAGAAAGGAAAAUUAAAGUUUUUAAAGCUAAACUUUCAGGCCUUAAUUAAUAUAAUGCGAAGUAAAAACGUCAACGUGUUCCGUUAUUUCGCGCCAAAAGUGCAUUUUCAGUUGGGAACUUUUGUUAGAUGGGGAAUCAAAAGAAAGAUGUAUCAGAACACCGUUUUACGAAUUGUAGGUUCGUGUCACAGUAUAUGAGGGUUUUUUUCUUUUAAAAGCAGAACAUAUUAUUUAGUUAGGACAGGCUAUUAUCUUACCUUAAAAAUUAUCGGCAAAUGCCUGAAUACCCCUCCUUCUUCAUCCACUCUUGAACAUCUUCGCAUAUAAAAAUAAGUGAAGCCGGCUUGGUUUUACCCUUAAAACAGACAGACUAAAUAAUUUAACUCUUCCGUGCAGAAUCUACAGACGGUGAAAUGCACAGCGACUGCUUCGCUGUGCGUGAAUAUGUGAACAGCACGCAACGUUGAACAAGACACGAAACCUUUCCGCUCUUCUCUGAUUGGACAAAACAUUACUUGAUAAGUACCGUCUUGAAAGGAAUGUUCACAAUGCAAUCAAAUGAUUAAUGAGAACGUUUUAGGACUGAGUUGUGAUUGGUCGUAUCCGCACACAAAACAUUCCGAUGUUGUUUCGCUUGCCGACGUUGAUAGACGCGUUUCAAUAAAACUUACAAGAUCACUUUCGUGAACCUCACGCAGCAUACAAAUAUAAAAAUGACUGGUGUUAAGCAAAUGCGAUGUUUUCGUGAUGUUUCGAAGGUUAACUUGCUUAUAAGACAAAUGCCGUCUUUUUAGAAUAUUUUAAUUUUGCACAAUUAUCUUUGUUUUCACCUUUCCGGCGUACAAACACUGAAAACACGUGCUUUCAAUUAGUCACGGAAAGCACGUGGGGCCCUGGUAGUAGAUGCUCGUGUCACGGUGUGUCUGUGUGUAUGUUUUUUUUUUUUUUUAGGGUUCUCUGCCCGUAAUAAAGUACGUAAGGAUAAUUGUCAUUAUUAGAUCAGUCAAUUUUUGAAGAAGAGGAAAUUACAUCAUCCUUAAUAAAGGAUUCACAUAACUUUUAGCACCAAGAAGUAUAACUACUUUCAUUGCUGGAGCACUGCCACACAUCUCAUAUUUUUUUGAAAGGCAAUAGACCUAUUCGGUCUAUUCACGUGAGCAGGGUGGUUAUUUUAAACAUUUCUGACCUGGGUUAUGCAAUUGAUAAUUUCAGAUUAAACUCCGUGUUAGUGUUUUGAUACACGAUUUGGUGUAAAAUAACACACCAGUUGUGUUAAGUUCUUGCAAGAUUUCUGAAACACAGACGUAGUGUAACUUUACACCGCCAACGUGUGCCACAUUUCUUGAUUACACCAUUUUAGUGUGUUCAUACACUGAAUUGGUGUAUCUUUUAAGAAACACUCGGCAAGUGUUAUGACAACACUAAUUCAGUGUUAAUGUAUAUCUCCCUUGGUGUUAAUUUACAACCUCGAAUUUGCUGUGUGGCAAGACCGCUUGCUUCUUCAGGCAAUAUUUAAUUAACAUUCGUUUGCUUAAUGACUCUUUCACAGGGUAGCAAAGGCUUAGACACAUUCCACCACACUGGACGAAUUGUUAUUGGCCUUUGUGGAAUAACUUACUGUUCACUUCAAGCUUUCAUAACGUUCCAACUUGCCAAACUAGGACUCAGUACUUUCAAGCUGUUUAUCUUCCGCAUCGUCAUCUCGAUCCUUUUGUGUGUCAUUGGACUUGUGCACGUGACUAUGGAGGUGUGGCUUACUGUUCGGUUUUUGAAAGAAAGGGAACCUUACAGACCUUGGUAUUCCCACAGGGGUGAAAAUGAAGAUUAUUUUCUAGACGCUUUUAGUGAUAUUAGCGAGUGGCUGACGUUUUUGCUAUUUGCAGCCUUCUCUUUGUCAUAUUUCAUGGAAUUUUAUGAUUUGGGCCUUGAAAUGACAUGUUUCUUGCCAGGUUACAAAACUCAAGGAGCUCGUAUUACCGAAAAGGCGAAGUACACUAUGUUAAAUCGCCAAGAGAUUGAAAGUUCCAACGAUGACUGA